ACAAACAGCAAGUCCUUGGUAGGUAGGUAGCUAGCCAUGGAUUUCUUGCCAAACAAGACAAUCAGCAUGGCGUCGUCGCCGGAGGGUGCAGCGGUGAUGGACGCGUACAAGAAGGCGCUCGCCACGGCGGCCACGGUGAGCGCGUACGCCAUGCUGGCGCGCGGCAUGGCACGGGAGCUCCUCCCCGACGAGCUGCGCGCCGCGGUGCGCUGGGGCGCCGCGUUCGUGCGCUCCCGCUACAGCGCCCCCGACAAGGAGCGUCACACCAUUGUCAUCCGGCGCAUGCUCGGUCUCGGCCUCGGCGUCGGCGGCGUGUACAACAGCCUCGGCGGCGGGUACAGCGAGAACGACCUGUUCGACGCGGCGCUCACGUACCUGGCCACCAAGAUCGACCCGCAGAGCAUGCGCCGGCUCUGCCUCUCGCGCACCCGCAAGACGGAGCCCGGCGGGAGCUCCAGCUGGAGCACGCUCCUGACCAUGGAGAACGGGGGCUCCACCACCGACACCUUCCAAGGCGUCGAGUUCCAGUGGACGUCCAUCGAGAGCGGCGGCAACGACGGCAACAAGAAUAAUAAGGCCCAGGAAUCACUGGAGCUCACCUUCGACGCAGAGCACGCGCAGACGGCGCUUGACGAGUACGUGCCCUUCAUCAUGUCCACGGCGGAGGAGCUGCGGCUUCGAGACCGCGCGCUCAAGAUCUUCCUGAACGAGAGUUCGAGCUGGAGAGGCAUCAACCACCACCACCCGGCCACGUUCGACACGCUCGCCAUGGAUCCAUCCAUCAAGCAGGCCGUGAUCGCCGACCUCGACCGCUUCCUGAAGCGCAAGGAGUACUACCGGCGGAUAGGCAAGGCGUGGAAGCGCGGGUAUCUCCUCUACGGCCCGCCCGGAACCGGCAAGUCGAGCCUGGUGGCCGCCAUGGCCAACUACCUCCGGUUCAACCUCUACGACCUUGACCUCUCCGGGGUGCACGACAACUCGUGCCUGCAGAGGCUGCUCAUGGAGAUGGCCAACAAGUCCAUCCUCGUCAUCGAGGACAUUGACUGCAGCUUCGACACCAUGACCAGGGAAGACAAACCCCCCAAGGUAUACACCGACACCGACUCAGACGAGGACGACGACGAGUACGACGACGCGGGAGCAGGAGGAUACCGCCGCCAGGGGCGGGAGCGCACGGUAACAAUGUCGGGGCUGCUCAACGUCAUCGACGGCCUGUGGUCAACAACCGGCGAGGAGCGCGUCAUCGUCUUCACAACCAACUACAAGGACCGCCUCGACCGGGCGCUGCUACGGCCGGGCCGCAUGGACAUGCACGUCUACAUGGGACACUGUGGCUGGGACGCCUUCAAGACGCUGGCCAGGAACUACCACCUCCUCGACGACCACGCUCUCUUCCCGGAGAUUCAGGAACUGCUUGCGGCCGUGGAGGUUACACCGGCGGAGGUGUCUGAGAUGCUGCUGCGGAGCGAGGAUGUCAACGUUGCGCUGCAGGUGCUUAUGGAGUUCCUUCAGGCAAGGAGAAGCAAAACUAAUAACGUAAAUGAUAAGAACGGUGGCAUGACAAAAUAG